UAUCGUGCGAUUCUUUUGGACAAUUUGACAAAAAAUUUUCCUAGAUGUAUAUACAUAUAUGAACGUAAAAUCAAUUGAAAAAUUUCCAAGUGCGUCAUAUUAACUCGAUGAUUCGAAAUCGCCUAAUAAAUCGUAAAAGUGUGGACCAACAAUGAGUUCGCGAAGACCAGGUGCUGGGCCCACGCUCAAUUUCAAAGCUGUGCUGCUGGGCGAAGGCUGUGUGGGCAAAACAUCUCUUGUGUUGCGGUACAUGGAGGAUAAAUUCAAUACACAGCAUCUCAGCACGCUGCAGGCGUCGUUUGUGACCAAAAAAGUGACGCUGCCUGAUGAGCGACGCGCACAGCUCAACAUAUGGGACACGGCCGGUCAGGAACGAUUUCAUGCCUUAGGGCCUAUAUACUAUAGGGGAUCGGAUGGUGCACUGCUGGUGUAUGAUAUCACCGAUGAGGACUCGUUCCAGAAGGUCAAGUCAUGGGUGCGCGAACUGAAGCAGAUGCGUGGAAGCGAAAUCGCUCUGAUUAUUGUGGGUAACAAGACUGACCUAGAGGAGCAGCGAGCCAUCAGCUAUGAGACGGCGCUGCGCUAUGCUCAAACGGUGGGCGCAAAGUACGUGGAAACGUCGGCCAAGGAGAACGACGGCGUCAACGAGCUGUUCGAGCUGCUUACCCAACUGAUGGUGGCCCAUCAUGGGAGUAAGCAGCAAAACGAUACCAAUGCAUUGCGUCUACAAAACGCGAUCUCGGAGGACGGAGUCGAGCCGGAUGUGGAUGAGAAUGUCCCCGCUGUCGCCGCCGCUCAUCGCUCUUGUUGCGGCAUCUAGACUGCCUGGCAGUCGUCCAUUGUGAUAAUACAUAUGUGCUAGUUAAUCUAAAAUCGAUGUUUAUUUGUAAAUAGUACGUGUAUGUAUGUAUGUACCCAUUAUACCAUAUAGAACCAUGUGCGAUCUGUGCUAGCAUGCGUCUGUAGGUAUGAUUCUGUUAUUAGUUACCCCCUUUGAAUAGCAAACAUCCAAAAAU